AUGAUGUGUCUUGGAAGAUUCACAGCUUUAGCUCCCGGAGUGACCAAGAUGGUUUGCGUCUCGUCCAAAAUAAGAGCUGGACCAGGAACAACAUCUCCAAUCUUCAGGUCAGACAUGAAGUACACCUUAGAUGGCAUGCUUCCUUCAUCAAAUGCCACAACUUGCUCGCUGACCUCAACACCUUUAGCAACUGGCUGCUGUGGAAUGGUCUCCAAAUCCUCGUAG